AUGCUUGCACGGAGUGCUGUGACAAGAUGUGGCAUCGGUAGGCCCCGAAAGCCCUUCUCCUUCACUUCCAACUUCCGAGUCACAAGGCUCCCAGCGCGACGUCACUAUGCCACGGCCGGCACCGCACCUGCAUCGAGCACCAUGAGCUCUGCAGGCAUGCUUGCACCUUUCAUGAGCGAGCUCGACAGGAUUGCACCAUCGUUCCCUAUCAAUGGCUCACAGAUUCGAAUACUGCGGACGCCGGCCGAGUUCUAUGAGACGCUGAAGGACAAAAUCUCCAAAGCGGAACGGCGCAUCUUCUUGUCGACGCUGUACAUUGGGAAGACGGAACGGGAGCUGAUCGAGACGCUGCGGGAUGCUCUGCGGAAGAAACCUGAGCUUAAGCUCAGCAUUUUGACGGACGCGCUGCGUGGCACGAGGGAAGCACCCCAGCCGUCUUGUGCCUCGCUUCUGGCGCCGCUCGUCGAGGAGUUUGGACCAGAAAGGGUCGAGAUACGGAUGUACCACACGCCCAAUCUGACUGGUCUGCGAAAGAAGUACAUACCUAAGAGAAUAAACGAGGGUUGGGGACUGCAGCACAUGAAGCUGUACGGAUUCGAUGAUGAGAUACUUUUGUCUGGCGCGAAUCUUUCCACGGAUUACUUCACAAAUCGCCAAGAUCGAUACCAUCUAUUCUCCUCCAAAGAUGUCACGGACUUCUUCUGGGGACUGCAUAAUGCUGUAUCAUCCUUGAGCUUCAGGAUAGAACCAUCGAGCUCUGCAGCCGGCUUUGACAAGGUCUGGCCGGCCGAGAAUGCUGCUCCGUCUCCCCUCGACAACCCGAAGCAAUUUGUAUCUCAGUCCACGUCCUUGAUCAAAGGACUGAUCACACCCGAUAGCAAUCCAUCAGCUGAACUGAAAGGCGAGCAUGACACGAGUGUCUACCCCUUGGCACAAAUGACACAGCUUCUGUCACCAGACACCUCUACAGAGUUACCUGCCCUGUCUCACGUUCUCAAGACUCUUGCCUCCCCUGAGUACUCCAACUCGUCUUGGACCUUCACCGCCGGAUACUUCAACCCAGCGCCGUCACUCACCAAACUUCUCCUUGCCACUGCAUCGCAUCACAACGUCGUCAUUACUGCAUCUCCUUUCGCGAACGGCUUCUACCAAUCCAAAGGUGUUUCCGGCAUGUUACCAGAUGCAUACACAUUACUCGCCCGAAAUUUCCUCCACGACGUGCAUAAUCGCAAGAAGGACCUGGCCAUCACCCUCAAGGAAUGGAGAAAAGGUUGCGUCAACGAGCCAGGCGGCUGGACCUACCACGCCAAGGGCAUCUGGGUCACCUUACCCUCGGAAUCGAACCCCUCGCUGAGCCUGGUAGGGAGCUCAAACUAUACGAAGCGAAGUUAUUCCUUGGAUAUCGAGGCCAAUGCGAUGAUCCUGACGCGAAACGAAGACUUGAAGAAGAGGCUCGGUGAUGAGCAGCGCUGGCUCCAAGAGCAUGCCACUCAAGUCACGAGGGAUGACUUUGCCAGAACAGAGAGGAGAGUCAGCUUAAAGGUGCGACUUGCGAUGUGGAUCGUUUCGCUGGUGGGCGGUGCGCUGUGA